AGUUGAGUUCAGCGUUCAGUGGUUGUAGCUCAAGUGCGCGCGCUCCCCGGACUUUGGCAACACAUUUUGUCCUCCGCGAUAUCCCAUGCGCUACUCGACCGAUACAAUACGAUCCCGAAUGAACCCCUCUAAUAAAAAUCCCCAUUCUCAUCGCUCUCGCGUCGCGAUUUUUCCGAUCUCUUUUUGUGCCGCAGUUUUUUGCGUUUUGACGACGGCAUUUGUGCGAAUCGAAACGUGCUGCGAAUGAGACGCAAAUUUCGCUCAUAGUAACAUCAUAAUUUAUUGAAAAACUAUACGCUUAUAGUUUUUAAAGAGUGCCCCAUAUUGUGCAGAUAAAGUACAGUGAUAACUAAUAACUUAUUCACUUGAACGAAAUGAAUUUGAUAUUUAAAGAUUGAAAUGUUUGUCUGAAAAACUCAACAAUUGAGACCAGCCUUCGUCCACUUGACCAACUUGCGGCUAUCGGCUCUAAUCAAGGUUCCUGAGGUGUUUUUCGAGAACCGUUUUCAACUGCUAUCUGCUCCGGAGAGUGAUUACCUAUGUGUUCUUUGCUGUUGCUGCUGUUGGCACAGUUAGCCGUAAACACUGAUUAUGCCAUUGUUGCUAGCAAACUACUAUCAGCAGCAACUUCAGCAACGGCAGCAGCGUGUUGCUAGCAACAACGGCAUGUUACUUGAAUACAAAAGCCAUUGCAAUACAAAUCGGGGCAGCAACAAUUGCAGCAGCAACAACAGCAGCAGCAGGAGGAACAGCAACAGCAACAACAACCAGCGACAGCUGUUCGCAGCGGAAGCACUAACAAUGUCAACGCCGACAACAACAUCGAAAUACAAAAUCAAUGGCGAGGCCACCGAAGGCGUUUCAGCAUCCACACUGCUGUAUCAUCAUCCGCAUCACAGCCAUCGUCAUCAUCACCAUCAGCAGUCGCAACAGCAGCAGCUACAUCAGCAGCAGCAGCAGCAGCAACAUCAUCAUCAGCAGCAGCACCAGUUGCUGCUGCAGCAACAGCUCCUUCAGCAACAUGUGGCCAACAGUUCACCACUGCAACAUCUGAGCAAUCUGUUUGGCCAACAUUUGCCUACGCACAGCCUGCAGCACUUGAUUGCCGCCGAGUACUGGCAGCAGCAGCAGCAACAGCCAGCAGCAACAAUUAAAAGCGAGCCAACAACUCAAUCAGUGGCAGCAACAUCGGUCUUUAGCUUCACGCCGCAGCAACACGUCAAUUUUGCCGCCUCAUUAGUCGCAUUACAGCAAAAUGAUGCCUUGCCCGAGGAAACAAUGGCAACGGCAACAGCAACACCGACACCGGCGACAACUGCAUCAGGAGCGGCAACUGCAGCAGCAGUCGCAACAAGCCCUGCAGCAGCGACAACAUUGAAGGCGCCAACAGCAACACAGGCGGCAGCAACAAUGGACGACAUCGAUGAUGAUGAUGACGACAGCAACAACGGCGGCCACAUGCAAAAUGCAGGCGUUGGCAACUUUAAAUUCGAGCCAGGCCAACAACUUGGCACGCCGGCGAAUGAAGCUGUCCUAACGAGUUCCGAGGAGAACAAAGAUGGAACUUUGACUGCUGUUGACACAAAUAUGCGCGAUGUCAGCGCAAAUCACAGCAGCUCCUUUCUUUCGUCCUCGCCCGCCUCCUCGACUCUGGUGUCCUGUCACUCCCCCUCGCCGCCGCUGCCGCUGCUUGCGGACCAGGACGAUGGAACGAGGAGGAUGCGGGACAAGAAGCUAACGCUCGAAUUGAAGUUGCAAUCGUGUGAUGAAUAUGUUGAGCAGCCAAAGGAUAAAGGAGCCGAACGGCUGCAACCAGCUCAGAUUGCCAACGACAAUGCUCCGUCGCCUCUGCAUUUGAAACUGGAGGAGCAGGAUGAGCAGGAGCAGGCGGACGUAAAGGAUAAGGUCCUGGAACUGACCGGAGCAGCAGUUGCUCUCUAUGGCCACUUGAACAAUGCCAGCAAGGAUGUGCGAGAUUUAGAGCAGUGUCUGAAAUUGCAGGACCCAAAUGAUAUCAGUCGCCUGUCGCGUUCGCCAUCGCCACUUCAAUCGAAUGCUUCCGAUUGCGAUGAUAACAACUCGAGUGUGGGCACCUCGAGCGAUCGCUGCCGAUCUCCUUUGAGUCCUGCGCUCUCCUUGAGCCACCAGCAGGCCAAACGCCAGCUGAUGUCGCUGCAGCCCCACCCGGCACACCAUCAUCACAAUCCGCACCAUUUGAACCACCUGAACCACCAUCAGUACAAACAGGAGGAGGAUUACGAUGACGCCAAUGGUGGGGCAUUGAAUUUAACCAGCGACAAUAGUCGCCACAGCACUCAGUCUCCAUCGAAUUCGGUGAAAUCGGCCACAGCAUCGCCGGUUCCGGUAAUUUCAGUGCCCUCGCCAGUGCCGCCCAUGAUCUCUCCGGUUUUGGCUCCCUCGGGUUGUGGCUCCACCACACCCAAUUCCAUGGCAGCAGCGGCUGCAGCCGCCGCCGCUGUGGCAUCCACCAUGGGUAGUGGCAUCUCGCCGUUGCUGGCCCUGCCGGGAAUGUCCUCGCCACAGGCUCAACUCGCAGCAGCUGGCUUGGGCAUGAACAAUCCACUGCUGACUGGAUCACUGUCGCCACAGGAUUUUGCCCAGUUCCAUCAGCUAUUGCAGCAACGUCAAGUUGCGUUGACACAGCAGUUCAACAGCUACAUGGAGCUGCUGCGAAGUGGUUCCCUGGGCCUGGCACAGGACGAUCCGGCACUGACCGCCCAGGUGGCGGCAGCCCAGUUCCUAAUGCAGAGCCAACUGCAGGCCCUCAGUCAGGCCAGUCAGCAAUUGCAGGCACUGCAGAAGCAACAGCAGCGCCAGGUGGAUGAGCCACUGCAGCUGAACCACAAGAUGACGCAACAGCCACGCAGUUCCACACCGCACUCGAUCCGCAGCCCCAUCGCAAUUCGCAGUCCGGCCAGCUCACCCCAGCAGUUGCACCAUCACCACCACCAUCCACUGCAAAUCACGCCGCCCAGCUCGGCGGCCAGUUUGAAAUUGAGUGGUAUGCUGACGCCCAGUACGCCCACCAGUGGCACCCAGAUGAGCCAGGGCACCACCACGCCGCAGCCCAAGACGGUGGCCAGUGCUGCAGCUGCUCGGGCAGCGGGCGAGCCAUCGCCGGAGGAAACCACCGAUCUAGAAGAGUUGGAGCAGUUUGCCAAGACCUUCAAGCAGCGGCGAAUCAAGCUGGGCUUCACCCAGGGCGAUGUGGGUCUGGCCAUGGGCAAACUGUAUGGCAAUGACUUCUCGCAGACCACCAUUUCACGUUUCGAGGCCCUCAAUCUGAGCUUCAAGAACAUGUGCAAGCUGAAGCCGCUGCUCCAGAAGUGGUUGGAUGACGCCGAUCGCACCAUCCAGGCCACCGGUGGUGUCUUCGAUCCUGCCGCCUUGCAGGCCACCGUCAGCACACCGGAGAUCAUUGGUCGCCGUCGCAAGAAGCGCACCUCCAUCGAGACCACCAUUCGCGGUGCUCUGGAGAAGGCCUUUCUGGCCAACCAGAAGCCCACCUCAGAGGAGAUCACUCAGCUGGCCGAUCGUCUGAGCAUGGAGAAGGAGGUGGUGCGCGUGUGGUUCUGCAACCGUCGGCAGAAGGAGAAGCGCAUCAAUCCCUCCCUGGACAGUCCCACGGGCGCCGAUGACGACGAGUCCUCCUAUAUGAUGCACUAAGAGAUCAAGGAUCGUCUAUGGACUGCAAGGGAGGUCACGUUUAGGGACAAAGACAGUGCAAUGUGCGGGAUAAAUCGAAGGAAGCUUAGCAACAGCAGGUUCAAAGUCGCAAACACAUCAAAUACUAGCAUAAUUCUGUACUACGGAUAGGUAUCGACUCCAAAACAAAACGGGGUUUGCUUGUGUUAACUAUUAAUGGUAUUUAUUUUAAUGUAAUUCUAUUAUGAAGAUUAUUCAAAAUAUUGCUGCUUAAGUGAACCGCUACUCAUUCGGCAUUCAAGUUCACUUGCUCAACAACAUUUUGUGGAUGCAUAAGGAAAUGGUAUUUAUUUGCCUUGAUAAGCAAAUGAAUUCGACUUCUUUAUAAGUCUUUUUGGCGUAUGUGUAUUACUAAUAUUUAAGUACACUCUUUGCACAAUUUUCAAAGUCAAAAUAAUGAAUUCCUAGCGAAUAAUUAGAAAGUUUACCACUUUCCACGUAAUUACGUAUGUAGAUUACAUUGUAAGCAUAUUUAUUUUUCGCGUGAAUACUGUGAUAAUCAAUUUGAAUGAUUUUAAUUUUAAUAAAUGAAAAAGAAAACAAAGAAAAACAAUAUAAACAUAAACUAACUGUACUUUGUAUGUUAUGGGCUAGUAAACUAACACAAAAAACAUUAAUUUAAACCUAUCGUAUUUAUGUGUAAAAACCGAUUGAAUUUAUGAAACACGAAAAUAUUUACAAUUGUAAAACAUGAAAUACUAGAAUUUUUAAAUGUAUAACAAAAAGGAAAAAAAAGACAAAAUCACAAUGAAAUAAAAUUAAUUAUCAAAC